UGAUGCCCUGACUCGUGUCCCCUUCCCAUCCUGAUUUAUUUUGGAAAAAUUAAUAAUCUAAAAGACGGCACACCGCUGCCCCGCCUGAUCAACAACGCUGACAAGCGCAGAGUUGUCAGAUGUCGCUGGCUCACUCUUCGCAUCUCCAUGGGGUAGACGAUUGUAAAUACAUCCAAAAAUAUUCACUUUUUGACAGUAGUGAGAAAACAAGAAUCGUGAUGGCGACGAGGGUAGACUGAGACAUUUGCAGGACUGUGUAACCACCGAUAAUUAAUAAAUAACUUGGUGAAUUGGUUAGGACCACCUCGAUCCGAACUAAUUGAUCGUCUUGGGAGGGAUAUCCCGGCUGGGUCAACAGAAAGUUGAUCGUCACAGAGUGAAUCAUCAAGCCCUUUUGUUUAACACAAUGGGUGAUGGUAAAGAGGCCGAGCGCCAACCACUUCUCAAGAAUGAUAGUGUCACGUACAGCUCCCACAGCAGCGAUGUCAUUGACGGUACACAACCUAAUGUCAACACAGUAUCGCCAAUUGGUCCUGAUGAGGUGCCCCCACCCUAUCAGUCAGCUAAUCAGAGUGGCAUGCCCAUGGUCACCUGCAGGGUUUGUCAGGCUAUGAUUGAUAUUUCCGGUAAAAGAGAUCAGCAUGUCGUCAAGUGCGGUCAGUGCAAUGAAGCAACGCCAAUAAGGAAUGCUCCACCGGGAAAGAAAUACGUCCGAUGCCCCUGCAACUGUCUUUUGAUCUGCAAGAGUUCAUCACAGAGAAUUGCCUGUCCCAGGCCCAAUUGCAAACGCAUAAUCAAUCUUGCACCUAGUCCUGUUACACCACCAGUGCUGUCAAUGCCAGGAAUGUGCAGGGUCUGCUGUGCCCACUGUCACGAUACUUUCCUGUUCAAUACUCUCAACAAUGCACUGGCUCGAUGUCCCCACUGUCGCAAAGUGUCUUCCGUAGGGCCAGAUUUCGCUAAAGGACGGGGAAUAAUGUUUAUUACUAUUGGAAUCAUUGCACUUGUGAUUGGAAUCGCUGUGACUGUUGGCACAUAUUCGCUAGUGGGCACCAAUGGUGGCAUUUACGUGGCGUAUGUCGGUGCAUUCUUAGUGGCUCUGCUGUGCCUUGGGAGGAGCCUCUACUACUGUACACUGAAAAUUAGUCUAAUAGAAGGCCCAUUGUAGGAGUAAAACAUCCACAACGAAACUAUUGCAAUGAUGCUGAUCAUGAAAGAGAACGCGACAUAUACAACUUAUUGAAAGAGCAGAGGAAAAUACUGAUUUUAUCUUUGACGUCGUAUAAAUUUUAGAAUUAUUCUUUCAUGAAUUUAUUAUUAAUUGCCGUUUCAAGGUGGGCAGAGGGACAAUGCAUGGGAAAAAAUAUUCAAUGCAUACGUUUAUGUCUCGAUAACAGCAAUGCGAUUUCGUGACAAUUGCGGUAUACAUGGAGAUGACAGAUUUACUCAGUCGAUUUUUGCGUUUCUUUCCUCUAAUUGGCAACUAAUUAAAUGGAGAAAGGCAUGAGAAUGUUUCGAUGAUUAUGACUGGUCCACUGUGACUGUAUAUAGAGUAAUGAGUCGAGGGUGCAACUUCCAUGAGAAUGUGAAAGAUUUUUUUUUCCUGAAGAUCCAAAAGAAAAUUCCUAUUUUUUACGUUUAUUAUUUGUUUUACUAAUUGAUGCUAUUCUUGCAUGAAUGGCGGGGGGAGUUGUAUUUAAUCUGGUGGGAAUCCUGAUGAGGUCGAUGCUGGAACCCACGUGAAAUUGCUGAAAAUGUUGAUAUCUUACCAUCCGCUCCGUUAUUAUUGUAAUUAACGAGUACUGAUGUAAUUCAUAUGUCACUUUACCGAAUGGUUAAUAUUAUGGAAUAAUAAAAAUACGUGAUUUUAUGAGAGGA